AUGCCCCGCCCCAAGGUCGAAGAUCUCACGCGUCAGGGUUUUUCCAUCGCCCCCUCUUCCGGUACGUGGGGCAUGGCGGGAACAAGCUCGAUUGCCGCCAGGAGAAGGGGAAGGCGCUUUAUGUCCGUAACCCACCUGUCGAUACACUCCCAAUUCCCCCCUCCACACGGCCGUGGCCGAGGGCAUGCCUCUGUAUUAGCCAGCACCAUCUAG